UUGUUCUACUUAGCACUACCUGCCACAUCACCAGGCCGGGGUUCCCUUCUAUAUAAAUAAUAAUACAGGGAUAUAAAAAGGUAGCUUCCCACAGCUCCACGUCACAGGCCCUGCUAAUACUGUCAUGUCGACUACUACACAACAGCUCUCAUCUGUACAGAUGAAUGAUAUACAGAAAACUUCAAAGGCGGUGCAAAGGGCAACCAACGUUGUGUUCCAGCCAAACCAUGUGUCCCGAGACAAGCGUGGUAAGGUUUUGGGGGCUAAGGGCGGUUUCCGUGGCUGCACCAUCUGGUUGACUGGUCUAUCUGGUGCUGGAAAGACUACUAUCUCCUUUGCUCUAGAAGAGUACUUGGUAAGCCAGGGUAUUCCUGCCUACAGUCUCGAUGGCGACAACAUCCGUACUGGACUCAACAAGAACCUAGGCUUUACUCCUGAGGACCGGGAGGAAAACAUUCGUCGUAUAUCUGAGGUGGCCAAAUUGUUUGCUGAUGGUGGAAUCGUGUGUAUCACUGCCUUCAUUAGCCCCUAUGAAAAGGACAGAGCAAAGGCUAAGGAGCUGCAUGAAGCCAAUGGCCUGAAGUUUGUGGAAUGCUUUGUGGCCACAUCAAUAGAGAUCUGUGAGGAGAGAGAUGUGAAGGGUUUAUACAAGAAGGCCCGAGCUGGUCAGAUCAAAGGUAGGUCAAUCUGUUAGGAACCAUUUGACAGAAGGCUCGAGCUG